CUCCUUAGCCGGUCAUAGUGACUGACGCUUGUGGCGACAAACACAUUCGCGUCGUCAUUCUCAAAGCAGAGACAACGUUAGUUAGUUAGUUAAAAAUAAACGUCGCGACAAAAUGAGUUCAAAUUGGGGAUUAUCCUCAAGUAGCAGUGAUAGUGACGAUGAUCGACCGGUGUCCAAAUUUCGAACCGAAACACUGUUCUAUAAACAGUAUUACCGAGGUGAAUAUGGUGACGACUGGCCAGACCACCUGCAUCAUGUUGAAAACCACACACAAAAUGUGCAAGCAAACAGUUCGGUAUUAAUAGACAAUAAUGAUCAACAAAGCACGUCGUUUGCAAACAUCAGUCGGAUUGGACUAGAUGAUUCGCAUCGCGUCUUGUCACCCAGCUCAUUAUUGACAAAUACUGUCGAAGACAUAGUUUUGAUAAACGAAGGGGGAAAAUAUCGACCAAUUCGCGUUAUUUCACAAAGAGAAAUUUUACCAGUACGAAAGUCGCCAGAAGUAAAAUCAAAGGUAAAAGUCGAAACAAAACAAGAAGAGGUGCCUCAUGUGCCAAGCGAAAUUCCACUUGAAAAGAUUGACUUUAUCGAUCCGCCAAAGGAUCCACGUAAACGAAAACCGGAAUCACAAUAUGAUGCUUUUGAUGAUGACGAUAACGAUGGUUUAGCUUUGCCCAAAUUCUAUGGCGAAAUGGUGAUUAAAUCGGAAAUAGCCAAAAAUCAAGGAAGAAGCCCACACUUGAAUGGCUCGUUUAAACGAAGUUUGUCACAUGUUCGACAAAAAGCCAUUCAAAAGGCACAGCGACAGCAUUUGGCCGCUCCACGAACCGAUCCCAGGAUUGAUAGAACUUUAUUUUCCGCUCCACCUCGGAAAGUUAUCUCCCCACCCAAGAAACAACAAAAUACUUCACAGCCGAACAUCAAAUCCAAAUCGAUUUUUGAUUCCAAUGAAGGAACCGAUGACAUUUCGUCUAGCUCAUUUUCGUCUUCAUUUUCAACACCAAAUGCGAGCGACGACCUAUUCAGUGGACAUAAUUCCACCAAAAUCAAUGAUUACAGUCCGUUAAGCGAGUCUGAUAUUGACUCGGAUGACAAUUCGUUUAUGGCAUUUUCUAAAAGAAAACUGGACACAGAGAACAAACGACCGGAACGACCGGUACGAUUGGUACCAAAGCGUAAAAAAUAUACUGAAUCUACUUCAAAUGAUGAUGAAAAAGUGCCACCGAUCAGAAUUGAUUUAAAAAAUAAACAAGUAACACCGACCAUCGAUAAAAAAAAGAAAAAAAGUCCAUUGUUUGGUAAGCCACCAACUGUUGAUAAGGAGGUCAUUUUGUCUGCAUUGACAGAGGACACUGAUCAAGAGAACAUUCCCAUUGUUAAGACACAGAGUGGAAACAACAAAAAAUCGCCAAAGAAAAGAAGGACAAAAUUGAGACCAAUAUUUAAACUGCCGAGUCAUAAUUCCAAAAAAUCCAGUAGCAGCGAUGCGGAUGCUGUUCAUGCUCCGUCAAUCGGCGUUGUUCAUUCUAAGCGACUAGGAACUGUCAUAAAAAUUACCAAUAAUACGAUCAGUUUGAAUCAAGAACCGGCAAUUGAUUCAAUUUCAAAACAAAAUGAAACGAUUAAAGCAUUGGACAACGUUGAAACAGGAGAGCCCAUGGAUCUGAAUGAAUCGGACAAGAGUUCAACUUCUAAUGGUUCAAUCGAACGAAAACUUGCUGCAAUGACUUCGCCAGUCCGAAAGGCAUCCGAGGUCUAUGUACAUGAGAGAGAAUCUCUAACUGAUAUAUUGUCCGACGAACGGUGUGCUGUUGAAAAUACAAAAGAAAAUCCGCUGAUCGAAAGCAACGGGCUUCCGGCUGAAGAAAAAGCAGACACGUCCACUUUGGCUGCACAAAUAUUGGACGUCGAUAGUGGUAUUCAAACCGCUACACAAUCUCCUCAAUCCGAGAUUGACUCCAAUUCAAUAAACGCAAAUGAAACGGAUGAUAACAAAAUCGAUAAAAAUGUUAUUUCAACCAUUCCGGAUAUAUGCGAAAGUGUUUUGAUCUCGGAAACAACAAAUACCGUUGAAGAGAAGAGUACAGUUGAAACUGCCAAUAUUCCAACAAGACCAAAUUGUGAACAAGAAGAAGGAACUGCUGUUGAGCCGGCGCCUGGUGAACAUUUGACCGACGCGAAUAUUUCGUUGGUCAGUGGUUUCGAGAGUUUCGAAUUACAUGACAUUAGCAUGAAUGUUGACCUGGAGGAAAUAGCAAACAAUCUGUUCGAUCCAAAUUCAACCGUUGUCUGUGAUCAGUCAACAGACAAUUCACACAAACGACCCAAAGUUAUCAUCAAUGACUUUUUUGAUGAUGAAAAUAUUCCGGCAUCGUUGAAACGUGAAACAUUGUUGGAAGAACAACAAACAUCAUUGGCAACGGACGAUGUUGACAUAUCUGACGAUGAUUAUGAAGAUGAUUCUCCAUGUGGAAUUGACGAAUUAACACUUCCAAAUUCAAAUACACAUCGCAACACCGUCGAUAAUGUGCUAACAAUUUGUGAUUUGUGUCCAUAUCAGGCACCAAAAGGAUUCAAGCAGCUCACCAAACACUAUGUACGAACACAUUCUGACAAAGAAAUUUCGAUCUCACGAUUGGCAAACAUAUUCAACCCGCAAGAAUUACAAGAAACAAAAUUCACACCGCUGAUCACAAAAACUGCUUCUGAAACAAUUAUCCGAUCAUUGUGCUAUAUUUGCAACGAAGGCUACAACAUGUCCAGCUCAAAGUGGAUUUUACAUUUCAUUUCCCACACUGGCGAAUUUGAAUUCCAGUGCAAUUCUUGUGCCAAGAAAAUCACCCAAGAUUUGCACAAACCGUGUAACUCAAAGGGAAAUCAUCGCAUCAAUGGCCCAUUCGAUUUCGUGGACAAUACUUUAUAUGGUUAUGUUUGUACGUUGUGCAACUACAUACAGCUAACAAAAAAACACAUAAUUUUACAUCUGGAAAAUGAACACCACCAACUCACUACCGGCGAUCAAAAUGUCAUCGAAAUUAUUUUGCUCAAAACAUCACAAGCAUUUGUUGAAUUAUUGGUCGACGACAAGAAUGACAAAGAACUGAUGGCGGCAAAGGAACGAAUUUCUGCAAUUCAUCAGCCGAAUCGAUUUCAAAACUGUUCACCGGUCGUUAUUUCGGAGAGUGAUUGUGAGCCAGAGCCAGAGUCAGAGCAUGACAAUACAAUCGAUUUGACACUUACUGAUGACGAAAUUUAGCCACUGCAUUUUUGUAUAAAUCAUUCUACUAUUGUUAUUAAAUCAGAAGGAUUUCGUUGAACUUCAUCAUAAUCAACAAAUCCUAUAUACUGUUCCAUUAUUUUCUAAAAACAAAAAAAAAUAACCUAUAAAUCUUGACAUAAUUUUCGAUGAAUUGAAGAUACAUCGAACAUACAACAUGAAUCAAAACUGACCCCAUAAAAUUGAAUAAAACUGAAUAAAACAUCAUUUGUACAACAAA